AUGAUGGCAGCUGGCGCUGAGCAGAUGGCGGCAGCUGGCGCUGAGCAGAUGGCAGCGGCUGGCGCGGUGCAAGCGGCGGCAGCUGGUGAUCGGCAGAUGGCGGCUGCGGGCGCUGAAGGCGAUGCAGCACAGGCGCUUGGGGCGAGAGGAGAUGCAGCUGAGAGAGGCCUGGAACUGGUUGGACAAGAACUUGUACCAGCUUCUCAAGCCUUGGCCUUGAGGACACCGGAUGGGUUGGAGAAAGGGCGAGAGUCAGACGCUGCAAAGGGCUCUAGGUCACCAAGGGCAGCCACAGAACCAGUUAGCCAGGGUCAGAAGUCAAAGGAGGGUUCAGUCAGAGGCCAAAAAGGAACCCCAAAAGAAAUAGAACCAGAGAAGUGUCAAGAGAUGGCAACACCCAGUGGACAGCCAGUUUCACUAGGUCCCCAUUCCUUUGUGACACCAGAGGGACAGGUCCAAAGUAUGUUGCCACUUUUUUCACCAGAGCAGACGGUGAAACUUCAUGAGAUCCACCAGAUGCCUUUUGCAUCGCCUGCGGCUUCAUGGAAUGGUCCUGCGGUUGGAGAACAUGGACACGGGGGAGCUGAGCGACAAGCAGUUCCAGGUUGGUUCACAGGGUUGCUUCAAUCAGUAGGAUCUCAGCAAGGUGAACAUGAGGCGAGGCAAAGGGAUUACAUGUGGAGAAUGCAAGUUGAGCAUGGCAUAGAACAUCUAGGGGUUCAGUUGCGUGCGGCACAGCAUGAAAACCAAAGACUUCGUCAAGAGCGUCAAGAGUUGUUGGAAGCCUUGGAAAAGAAGGGAUCGUCGAGGUUUACCACACCAGAUGACAAAGCAGCCAACAUGUUGAAAAAGGAGGAAGGGGCAGAGUCCCGACAAGAAAGACCUUCCAAGGAGGAAGGGGCAGGUGCCCGGCAAGGAACACCUUCUAAGGAGGAAGGGGCAGAGGCCCGGCAAGACAGAUCUUCUCAGGAGGAUGGGGCAGAAGCCCGGCAAGAACAGUCAGGGAGCGAUUCGUCUUCUGAGGAGCCGCAAAGAGCAAGCAGGCCAAAGGAGAGCGUUGACAAGCAGUCCAUGAGGAUCAUGCUCAAGUUGAUGGAGGGCAUGCAGGAGCUUCAGAAACAGAUUGUGAUCUCCAAGGAGGAAGGAAAAGGUGAUGAGAUUGAAGUGGUGCGCUAUGUGGCGGAUCUCCCAAAACUUGCUGAAUGGAAUCCGGAGACGGCGCCCAUCGAUUUUGGUGAUUGGGUGAUUUGUCUGCAUCCUCAUAUGGCAGACUUGAGCUCAACGAGUGAGAUGUGGUGGGACUUGACCCUCUCAACAGCGAGGACUUGGUAUGAUCACCACAUGAAGCUAUCGCCAAUUGAGAGGUUGACGAGCACACCAAGGCCUACACCAGAGUUGCAGCAGAAGAAGUGGUCCCGGCUGGAAAGAAGGGCUUCGUCCUUGCUCUUGAAUGCGUUGCCGCAGACGAUGAAAGAGGAGGUGAAUUGCGGCGAAGUCCAUCACAGCUUUGGGCAUUUUGUCUCGUGCGAUGCUGCAGUUUCAACCUGGAGGGCUGACAGAGAGAAGCGCUAUUUUGACGGCGCUGGAAGCACCUAUGGAAGCUGCAACCGUGGGUUCAGCCAUCCAACAGCUGAGACGUUGGAUGAGAUGGAAGCGAAAAUUGUUUCCAGUUACCCAGAUCUCAACUUCCGCUUGUCGUUGGUCAAGAGCUCAUUGUUGGUGGAGACAGUUCCAACGUUGGAGACAGUAACCCAGUACAGCGAACACCUUCUUGCAGAGCUGGAGCAGAUGGGACAGCAGGCAAAAAGGAAGGAAGUGAUGGCAGAGAGCCAGCCAAAGGUGAAGAAGUUUGAGGAAGCCUCGGGAAGCAAGCCUGAAGAAAGGACCAGGCCGAAGGGGAAGCCUCAAGAGGAGUUUGAAGGGAGGAGGAAACCAUGUAGGUUUUACCUCACAGACUCAGGUUGCCGAAGAGGUAGAGGAUGUCCUUUUGGACACCAGUUGGAUGGAGAAAGAAGGUGUUGGACAUGUGGAGGAAAGGACCAUAUGGCCACAGCCUGUCCGACCACAGAGGAGUCCAAGCCGAAGGCAGCAAAGUUUGGUUCCAAGACCCCAGAGAAGGAUGUGAAGUCCGCUACAACAUCUCCUGAAAAGUCCGAGGAGCAGUCUGAGGCCACGGGUAAUGGAGGAGAAGAAACUAUGAAGUCGUUGCUGGAUGAAGCAAGUCGGAUGCUCAAAUCAAUGAAUGAAGGAGAUGUCAAAGAAAAGAGACAGAAAGGGGAGGACGCACAAGAAAGGAUCUUGGGCCUACAGAAGCAGCUGGAUGAGCUCAAGAAGGCUUCUAUGCGACCCUUUCGCAUCUCCAAGUUGUGCCCAAUGGUGAACAAGGGCUUACUGGACUCAGGGGCAACACACCCUUUGCGAGCCAAAAGAAAGGGAGAACGUCUUCACCAUCUACCAAAGGUCAAGGUGACGCUGGCAGGUGACAAGGAGAUCUAUAUGGCACUCACUCCAACGGGAGUCAUUGUGGGCGAAGAAGGCACGGAGCCCAUAGUGCCCAUGGGAUUGCUGACUGCAGUCCUUGGAUGUGAAAUCUCAUGGAAGCCAGAAGGUCUUCAGGUGGUGCACCCAGUGCUUGGCAAGUUGGAGGUGGUGGUUGAAGCUGGAUGUCCAAUGGUAUCACAGUCCACGGCCAUGAAGCUCAUCGAGGAGAUUGAGGCCAAGGCCGUGAAGGUUGUGAAAAGUUUGAAAACGGGGGAGGACUCAGAAGAGGCCUCUGAGAAGUUGGAAUGGAGGGAGUUUGGCAUAGAAGGGCUUUCGAACUUUGAGAAAGAGCAGGUCACCUUGGAUGACACGUUGCUCAUGCGGUUUUUGGUUCUCUACAUUGUGUCAGAGACGGUGCGCAGAGCAGCUGGGCUAGAGACACCCACCACUUUGGUCCUGGAGCAGCCUGCCUCACCUGAACACAAGCCUGAAGUGGUGUCGCUUUGGAGAACACCUCAAUGGAAGAGCUUGGCCGAGAUCUAUGAGCUGCAGACCCAGCGUUUUGACCAGUCAGAGUUUGGGGCCAUAGCUAUUCCUACAAAGCCAACGACUAUAGGAGGAAAUCUGCCACUUCAAGUACCACUUCAAGGAAAGAAAGGGCAACCACGUGAUGUCUCUGGAAUGACCAAGGCAGAGAUCUGCGAAUCGUCCAGGAGAUUGUCACGGUGGCCACCCUUGAUGAUGAGGUCCAUUGCUGUUGCUCUCCAAACCUGCACCAUGGGCGAAGAGGUCAAGUUACGGGCAGUUUCAUGGCAGGAGCACAUUGCAGCAGGCCAUACUCCUUUUAGAAGAGAUUGCAGAGUGUGCCAAGAGGCCUGUGCGCGUGAUGCUCAUCAUCGGCGGCAGAAAUUGCCACCAAAGGCGGGUGCCCUUAGUGUGGACAUCUCAGGACCUUUCAAAGAAGCACCUGAUUUGCAGAAGAAGAAGGCGAAGUAUCUCCUGGUAGCCAGCUUCACUUGGACAGCCAGGAACCAAGAUGGAGAGGAGGAGGUUGAGGAGAUACCUGAAGUUCCCCCAGAUGCGCCGGAGAUUGAGGAUCCAGAAGCAGAGGAGGAGCUACAGCAGAUUGCAGAUCAGGUUGAAAACCCAGAAGAAGGCCCAAAGGAGGACACAUCAGAGGAGCUUGAAGAAAGAAAGCCGGUGAGGAUUGAGGUCACCAAGCUUUGCGAGCCUUUGGCAUCAAGGAGCCAAGAGGAUGUGUCCAGGGCGAUCAUCAACAUGUACAUGCGUCUGAGAGCAGACGGGUAUCGAGUGACACAGCUGCAUAGCGACAGAGGAGCUGAGUUCAGAUCGAGGAUUUUGGAAAAAUGGUGCCUGUCACGCACCAUCCUUCAGACGUUUACGCCUGGGGAUCAGCCCCAAAUGAAUGGACGAUGUGAAGCGAUUGUCCAGCACAUCAAGGCAGCCAUCAGGCGGACACUUCAUGGAGCUGAAGCACCUUUUGAUCGCUGGCCAAUUGCAGCUCGCUUCAUCAAUGAGAAGUUGCGACAGAAGCAGGUUGACAAGGAGAAAAAGACACCGCCUUUUUUGGCGCAAGUUUUGGUCAGAAAGAGGUUUUGGAGAUCACGAGAACUGGAACCAACACAGGAGAAGGUCACUUACCUAUGUCCUUCUUGGGUUCAUCAUGGGCAUUGGAUUGAAAGGGCAGAUGGAACUCAGGCGCUGACGAAGAUGGUCAUGCAGGGCUUGAGUGAACCACCAAAGUUGGAGGAUUGGAUUGGAGUUGAAGAUGCCUUGAACCCAAUCGAAGAGAGGAGAAGAAUCAGACACAAAGCGUCCAUAUACAUGCUGGAGGUUGAGGACGCCGCGGAAGCAGAUGAACUUGAGAACCAAGAAGGAGAUGGCAGAUCACCAAGUUUUGAGGAGGAAGAAAGGGAUGCAUGGGCCAAGAAACAAAGGGUCCAACGUUUGAUAGAAGAGGAGAUGGUUGAGGCCAUGGAAGAUGAUGAGAAAGUUGCUGGCAUGGUGCUGGAUUCCAUCACCAUGGUCAAAGAGUUGAUUGGACCUGAGAAAGGAGAAGAAGUUUUGCAGACACGCAUUGUGUCACAAGCUGAAGUUCGCCGUUCCAUUGAGGCUUGGAGGCCAUCCAUCGAGAAAGAGCUGACCUCCUUGUUUGAGACGAAAGGGGCGCUGAGAAAGAUCACAGAAGCUGAGGUGAAGAAGCUGCUUGACGAAGAUCGAGCAGAACUUAUCCCUAGCAAGCUGGUCUUCACAGUCAAGCCAGAUCAGACCAACAAGGGUGGCAAGAAAAAGACACGAUUGGUGGCUUGUGGGAACUUCUCAGAAAGAGAAGAAGGGCAAGAUCUCUUUGCAGGCGGAGCAUCAGCAGAUGAGAAUGGGGAGAAGAUGGAGCCUAGAAGAGCCAUCAUCCGCCAUCCUGCUCUUCUCAUUUUGGCUGGAUUGGCCAAGCCAGACGAAUUCUACGAGGUCAUCAUGGCCCUCUACGGCUACAAGGAGUCACCCAAAUUGUGGUCAGACUACCGUGAUCAGGAGAUUGCAAAGAUGGAGUUACCAUGCGAGGGUGGCAUUUUGACCUUGCAGCAAAUGAUCACGGAGCCAAACAUGUGGAGAAUGAUGCUGAAGCAACCAGGUCCCAACUUGCAGACGAAUGAGGAAGAGUUUGUGGGACUACUUUUGGUCUAUGUGGAUGAUCUUCUGGUCCUUGGUUUUCCCUCAUCCAUCGCUGCAGUCAUUCAAGGGGUGCAGGCGAAAUGGGAGACAUCGGAGCCAGAGACCAUCAACAUGCAGAAGGAGGUGAGAUUUUUGGGCGCGGAGCUAUGGAGAAGAGAAGAUGGAGCCUGUUUGAUGACGCAGACAAACUACAUCAAGGACUUGCUGAAAAGAAAUCUUGGAGCAGAUCCCACUACGUGGCCGACUAGAAAGAUUCCUUUGGUGAAGGAGCCCGAGGUCAUUGAAGGUGAGGAGAAGACUCCAAUGGCAGUCAAAGAAGCCCAGCGAGUCAUUGGUGAAUUGGUUUGGAUCACUGCCAGGUCCAGGCCUGAUUUGGCUUUCACUGUCUCCAAGCUGGCGUCAUUGAUCACAAAGUCACCUAUGCAGGUUGUGCAGUUGGUGAAACCAGUGUGGUACUAUUUGGCAGCCACCAUGGACCAAGGUUUGAUUUUUCAGAACAACAUGGGCGAGAAGCAGCUCAAUGUGUACACGGAUGCAUCAUAUAGCGAUAUCUCAUUUGGAUGCCAUUUGAUCCUUUGGGGAUCGUCGCUGUUGCUCUGGAAGGCUGGCAAGCAGCCCAUUCAAGCUGCAUCGACGGCCGAGGCCGAACUUGUGGAGGUGCUUGAAGGCCAAAUUGGUUGCCUUCUACGGCUGCUGGCGCUGCGGGCGCUUCACCUACGGCUGCUGGCCGUGCUGCUGGCGCUGCGGGCGCUGGAUCUGCGGCUGCUGGCGCUGCAGGCGCUUCAUCUACGGCUGCUGGCCGUGCUGCUGGCGCUGCAGGCGCUUCAUCUACGGCUGCUGGCCGUGCUGCUGGGGCUGCGGGCGCUUCAUCUAGUGCUGCUGGCCGUGCUGCUGGCGCUGCGGGCACUUCAUCUACGGCUGCUGGCUGUGCUGCUGACGCUGCUGGCGAUGGAAAUACGGCUGCUGGCCGUGCUGCGGGCGAUGCAUCCACAGCUGCUGGCAGUGCUGAUGGCGCUCCAAGAAGUUAUGGAGUAG